CCGCAGGCUCUUUCGGCGCUGAGGGGGGGGAAGAGUUGGAGGAGGGACGAGCCGCGUACACAACGCUUGCGCAAUGAGCGGCUUCUCCCUGACUGGCUGCUGGCAGCUGCCGCCAUUUUGAUUUGAGCCGGACGGACUUCGCUAAGAUUCGCUCCAACGCUGAGGCCGAGCCCCAGCCCGCCGCCUUCUCCGUGCCCCCCACGCACUUUCCUACGGGAGAACCCCGGGAGUCCCACAGGCUGCGACAUGGAGGACGACGGACAGCCCCGGACUCUAUAUGUAGGCAACCUCUCUAGAGAUGUAACAGAAGUUCUGAUUCUUCAGUUGUUCAGUCAGAUCGGCCCCUGUAAAAGCUGUAAAAUGAUAACAGAGCAAACUGAUAGCAGAAGGGUCGGAGCAUCUGUUAGCUUCCCAGUGUUGCCCAACACUAACAACGAUCCUUAUUGCUUUGUGGAAUUUUAUGAACACAGAGAUGCAGCUGCUGCAUUAGCAGCAAUGAACGGACGGAAAAUUCUUGGAAAAGAAGUAAAGGUAAAUUGGGCUACAACACCAAGUAGCCAGAAAAAAGAUACUUCCAACCAUUUCCACGUUUUUGUUGGAGAUUUAAGCCCAGAAAUUACCACAGAAGACAUUAAGUCUGCGUUUGCUCCAUUCGGUAAAAUAUCCUGCCCAAACUCCAAAAUGGUGGUAAAGAAUUGACCAAGAAAAUUAAAGAAAUCUGUUAACAGGCCAUUGACGCUCGCGUCGUGAAGGACAUGGCAACCGGCAAGUCCAAAGGCUAUGGAUUCGUGUCGUUCUACAACAAGCUGGAUGCAGAGAAUGCUAUUGUACAUAUGGGAGGACAGUGGUUAGGAGGAAGACAAAUCCGGACUAACUGGGCAACACGCAAACCUCCCGCACCCAAAAGCACACAAGAAAAUAACACAAAACAGUUACGGUUUGAAGAUGUUGUGAAUCAGUCCAGUCCUAAAAAUUGUACUGUUUACUGUGGUGGAAUUGGGUCAGGGUUAACGGAGCAACUCAUGCGUCAAACAUUUGGUGUAUUCGGACAGAUUUUGGAAAUCCGUGUGUUUCCAGAGAAGGGUUAUUCUUUUAUUAGGUUUUCAACUCAUGAUAGUGCUGCCCAUGCGAUAGUGUCUGUGAACGGAACAACCAUAGAAGGGCACGUUGUCAAAUGUUACUGGGGUAAAGAGACUCCAGACAUGACUAAAAACUUUCAGCAGGUUGAUUACAGUCAGUGGGGGCAGUGGGGCCAAAUGUAUGGGAGUCCCCAGCAAUAUGGACAGUAUGUGGCAAAUGGCUGGCAGGUUCCCUCCUAUGGCAUGUAUGGGCAAGCAUGGAAUCAGCAAAGCUUUGGAGUAGAUCAGCCUCAAUCAGCAGCUUGGGUCGGUGGCUUCAGCGCCCAGCCGCCGCCUCAGGGCCAGGCCCCACCAGUAAUACCCAAUCCACCAGGGUACGGCAUGGCCAGUUACCAAACACAGUAAAACGGGACUUAUGUUACAGUUCUUAUCAGUUGAUUCAACAGAACACGACAAGUUUAAAGAAAAAAAAAAGUUAAAAUUUAAAAAAGACACACAUAUGGCCUAAUGUUGGUUUGAGUGGAUUGCGCAGGACGAAAGAAGAAAUCCAUCGAAGAGAAAAAAAAAAGCGUUUAUAAUAUUUAUUUGAAGUUGAAACUGUUCUAAGACCAUUCAGUUUUGGUGAAGGACACACAUCUGCCUUUUUAAGGGAAGCGUUUCCUCCCCCAUUUUUGUUAAAGACUGAUCAUAAGGAUAACGUUUCUUGUAUCCUUUUUUUUCCCCUCAUGUAAGCCUUCAACAUAAAGACCCGGCACAAAUGAGAAGAUGUAAUGGUGCGAGGCUCUGGGGACGGGGCUAAUCCUUUCACUCAUCUCCAUUAAGUUUUCUACAUUCUGGGAAGAGAUGAGUUGGACUUCAUAGUUUUCAACAACAACAACAACAAAAAACCCCCAUAUGCCGAAAUUACAUUUGGUAUUUACAUUUGUAUCUUUUAUACUCGUUCUUGGGGCAGUCCCUUGUGCUAUAGGGCGGUGUAAUGGCUUCCCACAAGUGGGAUAUGGGGAUCCCAUUAAUGACUAGGGUUUUUCACCCUUUUCAUCUGCUGAAAAGAACAGACUCUUGGGUUAGUACCAUGCCGGGCCGCAAGUCCUGAAGCCCAGUAAGUCACAGUCGGUUAUAAAUCACUAUUGGCCACGGGUGUGCGACAUGGUUAGAGCGCUUGCUUCCCAUUUAAACUGGCUAUGCCGUAUAUUCUCUAGUGUUCAAAGACAGGAGAAAAUAUAUAUAUAUCUCUUACCAGAACCUCUUGUGUAUACUGCAUAAAUCUGAAUUAGAAUGCAGUCGUUGAUUGACAAUACUGUCUUCUGAGUUCAUCAGAUGCCCACAGAUACCUAUCCCAAUAUGGGGGGUAGGCUUACAUGUAAAGGGGGUGCACUGCCCACUGCCCCCAAAAGUAUAACCCCCUCCAUCCCUGUUAAUGUUAAUUCAGGUGCAUAUAUUUGUCCGGAAGCUUCCAAAUCUUGUAAAGCCUAAAGGAGUUUCAGUCUGAACUGCUUUUAUGCUUGCAAGUGAGCUUUUUUUUUUUUUUUUUUUUUUUAUUAAUAGAUUUUUGGUGUUUUUAAACUGCCGUGCUAUUGGCUCAUUACAGUGCCAUGCCUUCAAUGGCACCAAACUUGAGUAGCAUCGCCAAGUGUUUAAAAAGCAAUUGUGCAGAUAUAGGGCGAAUAGAGUGCGUGGAAGGCUACAAGGACAGAGCCCCGCCCACUCCAACCCACAGCUCGAGUGAAACAUUGUCACCAAACUGACGCCCGCGUUAAAACGUCCCCGCAAUGCCUCUUGUGUAUAUAUCUAUGUACAGUGUGUGUGUUUCACCAGCAUGCUCCGACAUAGAAGUAGCCGUGACUUGCGGUCUUUAUAUUGACUUCACCGACGAGAUGGUUGAGAUCUACGUACACGAUAUGUUCCAAAGCCGAACCUCUUCAUUUUAAAGGGGGCCAUUUUACAAAAGACAUACUCAAGAAGAAGCCUUAAUUUCAACGAGCGUUGUCGAUGCGUCGUGGUUAUUUUCCAUGUUUCCCUGUCCGUUCACCGAAUGUUUUGGUAUGUAAAUACCUUAUUUUGAGCUUAUUUGUUUUUUUUCCAAGUUGUAUAGUAUAUUGAUUUGGCUCAGAGAGAGAGAGAGAGAGAAAGCUUCCUGUGUGUUUCCUUUCGCCCUCUCCUCUUCCCUUGAGUUUUUUUGUUUUGUUAACCCAAUUGUUAAUAAAUCUUUUAAAGUACUU